UUUCUUGGAGCUUUUUUUACAUAUUAAAGUGACUUUGACAAACUUUGAUUAACUUAUCGAAUAAUAUUUGAUAUUUCAUAAACGUGAAUGGAUCAAUUUAGAUUAAAUCGAAGGCACGUGUAAUAUAAUCGAAGUUUUCGCUGUAAGCAACUUUGCCGGUUGUUAAUCGCCAGUUGAGUUAAUCAAGGUUGAUCGAUGUCGCCAUCCGAGGGAAGCGAUCUGGAUAUAAAUACAGGAACGUGAUUCUCGGCGUGACUGCGACUGUCAUCGGGUAUUACACAGUCCUCAUGCCACACACUGUUUUCCUGAAGAAAUAUAGAUACGUGAUGGCCACGUACCAGUUGGGCAAAGAGACGCCGUUGGGCUCUAAAAUCGAACAAAGAAUCCAGAGGGUGAUGGACGACUUGAAGCUGCCCGUCGACGUUAGGGAUGCUGUAAAACCCUUCAGCGUGUUCGGCUUCGAUUUGUUUCACGCCGGCACUCUUAGCGCCAAGUACGGCGCGAUACUGGGGAUUCCCGCCAACUUCAUCAGCACGACGGAGGAGCUGCGCGAGAAUCUGCAGAUCAAGGAGGAGUCGGUAGACUGGACGCGGCAGGACGCACAGGCUUUCCUGCGGGCGAUGAGACUCUCGGAGAGCGCGCAAAAGUUCGCGAUUGCGCGCGAGCUCCUGCGAAUCCAGGCGGAGGAGCCAUACUUCAAUUCCCUCGGACUGGCCGUGAUCAUUGCGACUCUAUUAACACUCUACAGCUUUGUAUCAUAUAGAUUUAGACUGCGCGAGGGCAAUGCGAUGAUGCGGCGUACGUUUUACGUAGUCUUCCCCGUAUUCGGCGCGACACUGUGGUUCGGAAUGAAGGACUAUCGGAGCCAUCGGCUUGACAUGGAGAACGAUGAGGCUCUGUGCCGUUUAGGGCCUGAAUAUAUCAAGGGGGGACAAGAGUUUUACGAUAAACUGUUAAUCAGAAAUAAAGCUCUGAGAUCUCUCCUGGGGACGGAAGGGAAAAGUAUAUUUACCGUUCACGGAAACGAAGAGACUCUACUGAGACAGAAACACGUGCCGAUCUCCCAGAGGAAGGAUUAUUUCGACUUGCAUCUACGAAACUUGGAAGGUAUGAAAUAGAUUCCUUUACACUUAGAAUCUUAAGUAAAGCAAACAUUUUUUUUACUUGUACUAUCCAAGAUCGUUCAUCAAUCAAAAUUUUAAUGACGUUUGAUGCAUCUCGCAGUUUUCUAUUCGAAGCAUAUCUUUUUAUUUUGAAUAAACAAAAAGAUAUGUUAAAAUAAAUGCAAGAAUUAUAAUUAUAAUUAAUUGCAUGGUUGAAUGACUUCAUGGGCCUAAAAAAUGGAAUGGAAUGUCGUGUGAUGAAGUACUUUGUGAUUGAAAAUCAUUAAUGUAUAAUACUAUGUAUAAUACUAUGUAUAUACAUAUAUAUUUCUAAUGUUAUCAGUGACACUGAUUGGUAAUGCGAUAUCUAUAAUAAACUAUUCGAAACAGUA